GGUGCUGUAAAUAACAGUAUCGGGGAGUUUAAUCUUGUGGAAUCUCAGCCAAUCAGAGCAUGGGUUUAGUGCGUUUCAAAAUCGCGAUGGGGCCGCUUGCGAUCCGCGCUAGUUCCGUUUGGUUAUCUAUCUUCUGACGCCUUAAGCGCACAGGCUACUGAUAAACAGAGCUGUUGAAAUCACGAUGGACCUUUUAAAAGGCCGUAGGCUUGGCGAUAGUCACUCACAUCAGCUCAGCCUCCAAAUAGGACGGGUUUAAGAGGAAUCCGCGAGAAAACGCACGAAUUGAUCCCACUCCCGACACCAUACCCUUUCUUCCAAAAAGAAGGAAGACUGCAUUUUAGUUCCGAGAAAUAAUAAGUACCUUUGAUGAGCAAAGAAAAAGAAGAUAACGUUGAAGAUUCAUAGGGUUAAAGGUAGAUGUGUUUCAGAAACCGCAGCGAAGAGUAAAAACUUAGAGAAACCUGAAAGUGCCUAACCAGCAAUCUUAGAGUUAAUAUUGAUUAUAUUGGUCUUGGAUCUGAAUGGACGCUAUUUAAAGACAACCUAAAAGUGAAACUUAAAGACUUCAAGAGGGUGAUUCCUGAGAAAACAUCGGUAACAAAACUUGUGGAGUUUUCACUCAUCAUUAAGAGUAAAACAUAGCGACAACAAGGUCAGCAUUAUUGUUUGGCCGGAGGACAAAUUUAACGGUAAUAAUAUUGAGUUAGUCCUCGGUUCACAGCGUCUUCUUCCAUGAUGCGAAUGGCAUGCGCUGUCUCCUAUCCAAACGAGGGCUCUUACCAGCCGUAUCAAACACCAAACCACGAAGCCAUGUCUAUGUACGGGCCACAGCCGCCACAAAUGCCUAGCGCCACGCACAUGGGCAAAAUGGAACCGCGACUAAUGAACGUGAACGUAAGCUCAGCAUUCGGGCUGAACUCCGUGAAUUCAAUUACUCCUAUCCUUAGUCACGACCAGCGAGGACCACCCGUGCCCCCGUUACCUCUCGAUUUCGGGGUCGAUCCCUCAAAGCUUCGGGAGUUGGAAGAGUUUGCAACGCAGUUCAAACUACGACGGAUUAAGCUUGGGUUCACCCAGACGAACGUUGGCGCCGCGCUGGCUGCCGUGCACGGCACGGACUUCAGUCAAACUACAAUUUGCCGCUUUGAGAAUUUGCAGUUGAGUUUCAAAAACGCGUGUAAGUUGAAGCCGAUCUUGGCGCGCUGGUUAGAAGAAGCAGAGCGCAGUGGUGGGGCAUGCGGUGAGAAGUUUGGCGCGGAACGAAGACGAAAGAGACGCACCACAAUCGGACUUGCCGCCAAGGAAGCGCUUGAAAAUCACUUCAUGAAGCAAACGAAACCGUCUUCCCCCGAGAUUGUGCGAAUUGCGGACGGGCUUCGCCUCGAUAAAGAAGUCGUCCGUGUGUGGUUCUGCAAUAGAAGGCAGCGCGAAAAACGCGUGAAAACAUCCUUGAACAUUCACAAUUUUAUGGGAUUUAAAACCGAGUAAGGACCAAAUACGCCCCGCGUGCACUUCCGUAAAACGCGUUUUGUAAAAUAUCAAUGUAUAUGUAGAAACAUAGAGAUUUUGUGCUAAUUAUAUUAAUGUAAAACCCGCAGUAAGGAAUCAGAUGCAUAAAGUGAAUCUUAGAGAUUUUCUUUUGAAUAUUUACAGAACAAUUCGGCUUUUGAUUAUUAUGCACAAUCGCUAAAGUGGCAUAGAGAUCUUUUGGUGUUUGUCGCUUAUUGUAAAUAGCAGUAUUUUCCUUUGUGAAAAAGGAUACUAGAGGUAGUCAUUUUAGGUAUUUAGAAGUUGUUAAUAAUGAGACAAUUAGGCGUAAUUAGGGGAAGCCAAAGAUAAACCGUCAAAGAAAAGAAAUAAACCUUGAAUGGCGAUCUAA